GUUGCUGUCACUGGCCCGUCUCGCGGGGGAGAUGCAACUGGCGGCCGGACCUGUCCCUGAUAUUUCGCCGCGUUAACUUGGAAGGCGUGGGCAGAGGCUUCGCCAUACCUACUUCAAUUUCGGACUAUAUGCAAGCUAGUGUAUCUACUACCAUAGGCAACUAAGAUAGCUCGGCGAUUGGUCUCAACCGAUAAACAAAUUAUGAGGUCAAUUUGAAGCUAAUUAUGCGCUCACACGGCACCUCGACCCGUCUCAACGACCGAUACGACCCAACGCGCACGUUCCUUGCCAAUCCAGGUACCAUCAAUUGGACUCCACCAGGCUUAUCCCAAUCACAUAUCCGAGGAAGUCCGGAAACUCUGGUGCAUGUGUGCUGUGCAAUUGCUGCGUCGAUAUUGGUCUUGGAGAGCAUCAUGCCCCAUGGUCUCUUUUCCAUCCCGCAGCGCAAAAUCAUCGUUCCUCAGCGUGUAUCUUCUAGAACUUCUGGAAGACUUCUGUGGUAUGACAAUAAUACAGUAGUUGUACUGUCACCAUCCAGGAAUAUGUACCGGAACCCCGGAUGGUGCACCUAUUUUACGCCCUCCUUCCCGGGAGCUACGUGAGAGGCAGUCAUUUACGUAGGUGGACGGCGGGUAGGUACUCUGCAGCCAAAGGUGCGGCAGCAUUAUGCAUGCUAC